UUCAUAUUCUGUUGAUAAAUGAAAUACAAGCUCUGUAGAAUUUAUUAGAAAUGAACAAUGACCAGUUUCUGGAUUUUAAUUCUGAUCUUCAUCACCAUGUAUAAAGUUCAACCUGGUAGACGCUGGGUUACUGCACAGUCCCUCACAGAGUCAGUUUAUCAGCCUGAUAAAGAGCUCAGCGUGAAUAUUGGAGACUCGGCUACUCUACGGUGUUGUAUUGCUGAAAAUGCAGUUGGAAUAAUUACAUGGUUUAAGCAAAUAAACAGAGAAAAACCUCAGCUCAUGGUCAGAGUGUAUAAAAAUGGUGGAGAAGUGUUUUACACUGGAUUCCAAAAGUCUCGUUUUCAAAUAGAGAGAUCUUCAAACUGCUUCAGCAUGACCUUUUUAAACAUCAUUCAGUCUGAUGAAGCCAUGUACUACUGUGCAGUGACGGUACCCAACUUUGUGUUUGGAGAUGGAACCUAUUUAAAAAUUAAAGGUGAACAUGUUACUAUUACAUCAGAAACACCUAAACCUGCUCUGAGUGAUAAUUCAGUGGUGUGUGAACCAACACUGCAUGGAAACAACACUAACAUGAACACACAAGAAAACACAGUAUCAGAAAUGAUCAGAUCUCUACAUUGGACAGUGAUCGGUUUGGGAACGGCAUUGGGUUUGUGUGCACUUCUGAUUUUCUGUCUCACUUAUUACAUACUGAGGAGAAAAUCUGAAAACUCUAGAUUGAAAUCUUCUAUAGGACAUUCCACAGGAAAGAGUCAGGAAUCUGAAGCGGAAUCACUGAAUUAUGCAGCUUUGCAGUUCUCCAAGAAGAAAGCCAAAGCUGGAAAAAGGAAACCUGGCUCAUCAGAUGAGUGUGUGUACUCCGAUGUGACUACAACUGUUAGAUAUAACAUAGUUGAUUCAUAACCAGACCAAAACAUCUAAAGUGUUUUACCAAAAAUACUUGAAGGUAUCUUGACUAAUGCAAAUGCACUUCAUAUAUUCAAUUUCAGUGAUAUGAAAUAUGGCAUGAUCAUAUGAUAUGCAAACAGAAAAAAGCAGAAAAUUCUAGAAAUAAUCCUAUAUUUUGUUCACACUAAUUUCAUAAAAAAAUAUGAAAAAAGCUACAUGUAUUCAUGUAUAUACAAGAUGUUUUUUGUUUGUUUGUUUGUUUUUGCAGUUUAUAGACAUUUCUAUGCUUCAGGAUUUGUUUCUGUGCUCAUGGUUAAAGGAAAACUAUUAUUUCAUUCAAAUGUUGAAAUAUUAACUUUCAGUCACAGUGAAUUUUUUUUUUGAUUUUUUGUUUUUUGAUUUUUUGUUCUGUGAUUUUUUGUAACACAUCUGUAUUGUGCUCUCUACAGAUUUUAUGUCCUCAUGUGUAUGAGUAACUAUUGGUAAUGACACAAUUUGAAAAUGUAAAAAGCAAUCCCAUUGAAAACAUGGUUUGUUUUUUUUGUGACUUUAAAAAUAGCAUUGUUUCAUUGCUAGUGUAUUUUUUAAAAAGGAUGUGGGUCAACAUUAUUAUUAAACCUUGUUUUAUUCUCUUAUCUCUGAGCUCGUCUUUCUGGCACUAAGCACUGCUAAGAACACAGAAACUUAACUUAUUUUGGAGUUUUUUAUUU